AUGAACAUCUUCCGUGCCCGUCCGAAUUUCUACCACUCCGUUCUCCGCGGAUCACAAGCACAGUUGUUGUUUGGAGAAGAAAUGAUCACUCGCCAACUACACUUCGCUAGCUGGAACUUCCUGUUCAACCAACGGUUUAUGGCAAUCAUGCAGGAAAACGAUCGAGAAAACAUGAAGAGACUGCAACACUUCUACCGCGUUGGUGUUCUUGUCAUGCUACGGAUUCCAGCUUGUGGAAUGAAAAAACCUGAUCCCGUAUUAAACGGACCGUUUGUCAUCAAGACCGUUUUCGAUAACGGCAAUGUCCUACUUGACACCGGAACGACUAUAUAUCGAGUUUAUACUCGUCGGAUCUUCCCGUGUUAA